GCUGUUUCAAUUGAGAGAGAGCGCAUAGAGAGAGAAUUUAUUAGAAGGGUAAGGGGCAUUCCAGGAAAAGGAGGGCAACGGAUUCUACUUCAAAGAAUCUCUGUUCUUAUUGCAAUGGAGAGGGAUUUUCUUGGAGUAGGUGGGCGAAAUUCCAGGGCUUUUGUGAUGGAGGAGAACCUUGGUGGCCGCUUAGAUUCAGCCUUCUCAGUUAGUUCAGCUGUUCACUGGCCUUUUCUGAAUAGGACUUCUGCACUGCAAAAUUUUUUGUCAUUUGAGACUUCAGGAGAAGACAAACGCAAAAAAUUAUUAGUUGAACCUGCUUCGGUUGAUGCUUUUAAGGCUAGUAAUACAGUUUGUUCUGUAAAUGCUACUGAGAAAAAAAUGGGUAUGGAAAGGCAUGGAGUCACACAAUUUUCCAUGCAUGCUUCAACUCAAAGCUUCAAUUAUGAUAGCUUUACAGCAAUGUCGCAUUCUUCGAUCCCCGUUGCCAUGACUAGUCCUUUCUUGAACUCUCAUGGUUCUUCAAAUGGUACCAAUCCCACAGCCACAGCAGUAAAGCAACAACCUUUUGCAUCAGAUGCCUCUUUAGUAAAAAAUGUGGUUGGUGCCUUCACACCAAGGAAUGCGGAGAAGCCUCGGACGAAAAAUGCCCAGCUUACUAUAUUCUACGCCGGGUCGGUGAAUGUGUAUGAUGAUGUUCCAUCCCAUAUGGCUCAAGCAAUUAUGCUUACAGCAAGUAGAGAGUGUAAAACUUCUAUAAGUUCUGGACAUCCAAGAUCAGACGCAUAUGGCCUGAAUUUAACAACAGAAACUCUGAACAAUACUGCUAAUCAUUUGCAACUUUCAUGUUCUGAAAUCAAGACUGGAAUUGAAGCUGGGCUCGCCGACGAUAAGAUAGGAGCAAAGAGCAUUGCAGAGCUGAUUUUAACCAGCAAGAAUGAGCCCGGUAGAACUAUUGAGACAUGUAUUGGAGCAUCGUCUGCCACUAUCAUGCCAAGAGCUGUGCCGCAAGCUCGGAAGGCGUCUCUGGCUCGAUUUUUACAGAAGCGGAAGGAGAGAGUAAGCAACAUGAUACCUUAUUCUUCUGAGAGAAAAAACCCAGAUAGCUCCACUGUGCUUGAAGGUGCUCCUACGUCGAGCAAGUUCUCCUCCACUGAUGCCUCAAUCUCCAGCAACAAAAGCGAUUCAUGGCAAGCAGGCCAAACCAAGAGCUGCAGUGACAGUGAUGAAUCCCCCAGCACAAAAUUAGAGAUGUAGGCUUAGGCUUUGUUUGGGACAACUUUCUUAUUGCUUUCUAAAGCGGCUUUCUAAUAAAAAAAUUUUUCUUGGACUAUAAAUUUUUGUACCAUGAAGCUACUUUAGAAAACAGUAAGAAACCCAUCGCAAACAAAGCUUUAGUUUCUUAUUCAAUGGCAUAUCUAAUUCUACAAUUGUAACCUGUUUCAAUUCAUUUUAAAGCUUCUAUAAAGCAGAUGGCUUAUCUUAUCACAUUAAUGCUUGUUGAUUAAGCCUUUUAUGUAUGUGAUAAUUAUUAGAAUGGCGACUCUUCUUGCUUUACAAGAAGAGAACUUUUAUAUAGUAAUGUGUAUUUAUUUUACCUU